AUGCCAGCACGAUUUUCUGUCGAUGACCAAAUGGCCGAGGCAUUGGCAUCACAGGAACUUAUGGGACUUCGUCAAAGAAAGAACUUUCUCAAGCUAUUUCGUAAAUAUUCAAAGGUUAAACAUACUUCUAUUGAUUGGAACUCGGUAAAGCCACCAACAAGUGACAUGUUGACUAGUAACACAUCAGUCGAGAAUUGUCCAAAGGAUAUGAAUCUACGACAUGAACUGCUAGAUAAGCUAGUUAUUUUAAAGCUAAAUGGUGGUCUUGGAACAACAUUGGGUUGUGAAGGACCUAAGAGUGCGAUUGAAGUACGUCAAGAUCUAUCUUUUCUCGAUCUCACUGUGCGCCAAGUGGAGUAUUUAAACAGCGUAUACGGUGUUGAUGUACCGCUGGUACUUAUGAAUUCGUUCAAUACGCACGAGGAGACUGUGCGUAUCAUCCGCAAAUACCGUAUGCAUAAUUUGAGCAUUCACACGUUCAAUCAAAGCUGCUAUCCGCUUAUUGUCAAAGAGACGAUGCUGCCGCUGCCUAAUAUGAAGUAUGACCGCUCCACGCGCGACAAGUGGUUUCCACCUGGUCAUGGGGACGUUUACCACGCUCUGUUUGAGUCCGGACUGCUGGAAAAUCUGAUCAACCAAGGCAAAGAGUACAUCUUUGUUUCCAACGUAGACAACCUUGGUGCGACUGUAGAUUUAAACAUGCUUUAUUACAUGAUCAACGAGGACUCCGAGUUUGUCAUGGAGGUGACCGAGAAAACCCGCGCUGAUGUUCAGGGAGGCACGCUUGUGAGUUACAAGGACAAACCCCAUCUUCUCGAAGCAAGUCAGGUGCCGCCAGAGCACAUGGACGAUUUCCGUGCUAUUAACAAGUUUGGGACAUUUAACACGAACAAUCUCUGGGUAAAUUUGCGCGCAAUCCAAAGGCUGGUGGCACAGGAUCUUAUCGACAUUGAGCCGCUUGUUACCUUCCGUAACGUGAAGAACCACAAGGUUGUCCAGUUAGAAACCGCGGCUGGUGAGGCGAUUCACUUGUUCAAAAAUUUCAUUGGGCUGAAGGUGCCACGUUCACGUUUUCUGCCUGUGAAGUCCUCGUCGGAUCUCUUUUUGGUGCAGUCAAAUCUGUACCAAAUUAAGCAUGGUAGUUUGAUUAUAAACCCGGCGCGAACCACGCCUACAAUUCCGAUUGUAAAACUUGGACUAGAGUUCCAAAGCGCCAAGGAGUAUCUCGCACGCUUUGAGAACAGCAUUCCCAACAUUACGGAGCUAGACCACCUCACGGUCGCUGGCGACGUCAAAUUCGGCUCUAACAUUACACUUAAGGGAACGGUAAUUCUUGUUGCCAAUGAAGGAGCUCAUAUUGAUCUGCCUGACGGGACUGUGUUAGAGAACAAGGUGGUCACGGGCAACCUGCGUAUCUUGGAUCACUAA